UCCUGUAGUGAACUGUACCGGAAGCUGACGGAGCUCAGAGGAUUCCAGGAUUUGGCCCCCUAACCCACCGCACUGACAGAGCCGAAGCUCCGCCAACAUGAGUACUAUGUUCGCGGACACCAUCCUGAUCGUCUUCAUCUCCGUGUGUACGGCGCUGCUGGCUGAAGGAAUUACCUGGGUGCUGGUUUACCGGACUGAGAAGUACAAGAGGCUGAAGGCCGAGGUGGAAAAGCAGAGCAAAAAGCUUGAGAAGAAAAAGGAGACCAUUACAGAGUCUGCUGGACGUCAACAGAAGAAGAAGAUUGAGAGGCAGGAGGAGAAGCUGAAGAACAACAACAGAGAUCUGUCCAUGGUUCGCAUGAAGUCCAUGUUUGCCAUUGGCUUCUGCUUCACGGCGCUGAUGGGAAUGUUCAACUCCAUUUUCGAUGGCAGGGUCGUGGCAAAGCUGCCCUUCGUGCCGCUGUCUUACAUCCAGGGGCUGUCGCACCGUAACCUGCUGGGCGAAGAUUACACCGACUGCUCCUUCAUCUUCCUCUACAUCCUCUGCACCAUGUCCAUCAGACAGAAUAUUCAGAAAAUGCUCGGCCUCGCUCCCUCCAGAGCUGCUACCAAGCAGGCAGGGGGCUUCCUGGGACCACCUCCCCAGGCGGCAAAGUUUUCAUAACCAGCAUGUGAGCGUGGCGCACCCUUCAGGGCAAAGGUGAAGAGCACGGCUUCCUAUUCGGAACCCAUAAAUGUUGAUUUAACUUAUAAAUGCUUUCUUUACUCAUUAGAGAAGUUAAAAAUGUAAACUGCUCUUCAUCUUUGUUAGUGACUGCUGUGUCUCUCUUUGCAUGUCAAUAAAGUUUGUUUUGACUCAAAA